AUGGCAGACGACAUAAUGUUCCAUCAACUUGGACGUCGGAGAAAAGAGAAACAUUUUCGUGAACGGAUAAAUCACUUGGAAAAUAUGAGCAACGAAGAAGUCAGAGCGAGGUACCGUUUCGGUACUGAAGCGAUACAGUACAUCUGUGGGUUGAUUGGCGACAAUCUACGUCCUAUGACAGCGAGAUCUAGAGCACUGAGUGUGGAAUUACAGGUGCUAAUAGCACUACCCUUCUAUGCAACUGGCAGCUUCUUGCAAGUGAUUGGCGACACGUUUGGAGUGGAGAUAUCUACUGUGUCAAGGGUUGUGCGAAAAGUUAGCGUAGCGCUAGCACGACUUCUACCACAGUUUGUUAAAUGGCCUACCGUGGAAGAGUAUUAUAAAAAGGAGUUCUAUCGUCUUGCUAAAUUCCCUGGAGUAAUAGGCUGCAUCGAUGGAACUCACGUAAGAAUACAAGGUCCCUCAACAGACGAACAAGCUUAUGUAAACAGAAAAGGAUUUCAUUCUAUAAACGUUCAAGCUGUUUGCAAUCAUCAAGGAAAGUUCACAAAUGUAGUGGCAAGAUGGCCUGGCAGCACUCAUGACAGUCACGUUUUCAAAAUGAGUCAACUUGGACAGAGCUUGCAAAAUCAGAAAGCUACACUUCAAACAGGAAUUAUUCUUGGGGACAGCGGCUAUGCUUGUCGUCCAUUUCUUAUGACACCAUACAUGCGAACUACUUCUGAGGACCAAGAGAACUUCAACUCCGCUCAGAAAAGGACGAGGGUCACAAUAGAGCGCGCAUUUGGGUGGUGGAAACGCAGGUUCCACGUUCUACAUGGUGAAAUCAGGCUGAGUCCAGGGAGAGCAUGUACAAUCAUAGGUGCUUGUGCUGUUUUGCACAACAUCGCCAUCGAUCUCUGGGAACCCAUGUGCGAGACGGAAGAUGGGGAGGAGGAAGAAGGCGACUUCGGCGCUGACUAUGCUGGCCGGGAAGACGGACGAAACAUAAGGGAAUACAUAACAAGAAACUUCAUCAGAGGACCUCAUACUGGAGCUGUGUGACAUCAUCAGGCUUCACUUUCCUCUUGGAAAUCCUCGGUCC